UGUUGUAUACAAUGUGUCCGCGAAAUUUAACCAAGAUGUCGGACGGAAGGAUUCAGGAUGAACUUACAAAGCUUCGAUUGAAAAUGCUCCAACAAAAAAUGAGCAGUCAGCCAAGUGGAGACAUGGAAAGACAGCGGGUAGAUUCCUAUGACCAACCUGCGGGGACCAUUUCUACAGCUGGUUUCCAUCAGCAACUACAAGUUGAAACUUUAAGGAGUAAACAACUUCUUCAAAGAGUAAAAGAAGAAAGGAAGAGGCAGUUACAGAAACCACCAACACAAAUCCAGAAUGAUGAUCAUAUGAAAGACAUAAUAAGUAGCAUGAUGUCCCAGAAUGUGCAGCUUCAACAGUUAUUGUUGCAACAGAUGGUCUCACCAACUGGAAAAUCAGUGAAUACAGAAAAGACACAACAGCAAAGCUUAUCAGAUGUCAGACCAGUAGAGAUUGAACAGAUUGGUCAAAGGGAAAUGUCUCCAUUUAUUACUUAUUCAACAAACAGGAAUGCUCAAAGAGCUGCACCUGAGCCAGUGGUAGAACACCUACAAGUUCCUGCUCAAGGAAAUCCUUCAUCAAAACCAGUGGUACCAAGAGGUGUUGCAACUCCUGUGAGACCCACAGAAAGACUUCCAGGAACACAGAUGAAACCUCGGUUAUCUCUAAAACCAGAGGGAUUUCUCAGCAACCAAAUUCAUCGGAAUGAAGAACAGCCAUAUCCAUUUCCUGGUUCUAAUAGGGUCAGGAAAUUACGCCAUGUUGGUUAUGUUGCCUGGGCCUGUUUUAUUCUCAUGGCACUCUUAAAACAAGCUCAACAAAGGCGACUGAGUGCCAUUGAAAACCUCAACAGUCUUAUAAAGCAAGCAAUUGAUGAACUUCAUAGAGAAUACUACCUCAGCCAUGACUGGUCAAUGCAUUCUUCCAUUCAAGAUGCCAUUAAAGAUGACGCAUUUGAUUUAAACAUAAAGAAUCCUGGUGUUUUCCAGAGACUUUCAAAGGACUCUCAAGGUGCCGUUAAAGAACUCUCAUCCAUGGUUGAGACCAUUGUUUAUAAUAUUAUUCAAAUUAAACCUGCUACUGGAAUUCUAAGUGCUUCAAGAGAGGGUGUCCUGUGGUUUAUGACUCAAGAAGGUGUCUUUCUACCACCCAACUACCUGUGGCAAGUGGAAAAGGAUAGCGUGACAUUCACUGACCAAGGUGCUUUAACUAAAGUAACAAAUGAAGUGAUCACCAUGCUAUUGCUGGGCUUGUUUAUCUCAAGAGGACUGGUGUCUACACUGCUGCUAAAGCCUAAUGAGUAUGGACUUAUGGAUAAUACACCCAGUAGCCUGGCACUAUCUAACCUUAAGGUCUUAGGAACCAUUCUGAUGAAAAUUGUUCGUGAUGUCUCAUAUAAGAAUAGGAGGAAAUUAAUGCCUUUAGCAUCAGAGAUCAGCUCACAAUUAUUCAGUGACGUUGAAAUGAAGUAUAUAUACAAAAAACUGGAAGAAUCACUGAUUUGGUGCAAGGCCAAUCUCAAGAGAUGGACAGAAACAUAUAUGGGUUCAAUAAACACCAGUUAAUCAAAAACUGUCCAAAUGUUUUAUACAUGGGUUCUGUGGCUACAUCUUAGUAUAUAUCACAGAAAGAGAUAGGUUUUUUCCUCUGAAAUUGUGAUUUACUUGCAUUUUGGCUUCAAAACCACGGUUCUAGCACACAUGAUGCAUUAUUUGAUAGAAUGACUAGAACUUUUAUUUAAUUAUUCAUUUUUGUACCCUCUAAGUCAAACUUUUUUGUGAUGAUUUUCAAUAUGAAGAUAUAAGACCAAUCAGAGACAAGAAACUUCACAACUAACAAAGAUCAUUUUUGCAAUCACAUAAGCUGAAAAAAUUAUUUUUGCAAAAAUUUUGUGAGCCUUUUCUUACACAAAAUUUAUGUAGUCUACAUAUUCUAAUGAUGGAGUACUCAUUCAGGCUUGCAAAUGAUGAAAUCACACCAACACACUAGUGAAGGUCUGGCAGUAUUAUAAAAAGACUCUGUAAGAAGUAAAUAAAUUUAUGAAUCUAAUAUCCUAUUUAUUUUCAUAUGGUACCAAUUCAGUAUGGGAGAAUAAACAUUUUGUACCCUUUUA